AAAAAAAACAAACUUGAAUUUCCUCUUCCAAUCUUCUGCUUUUAAAUUCUUCAGUUCCACAAUCUUCGUUUAUCUCCAAACUCUGGGAGGAGAAGAAGAAAAAGAAGAAUGAUUGACAAUCUCACAGCGUCACAAAUGCUUAUUCCAAUGGCUCUCUGCCUCGGCUUUCUCGGGGCAGCUUUGGUCAUCUUCCUUCACAAAAUGCUGCUGAAGCCACUCCUGCUCCAGCGCCGGCUGAACUCACUAGGAGCCAGAGGCCCUUCCUACAAGUUCUUCUUUGGGAACACUCUGGAGAUGAAGAAGCUCAGACAAGCAUCCAUGGCGAAACCCAUGUCAGGCCUCUCUCACGACAUAUAUUCAAGGUUGCAACCUCACCUCUCCGCUUGGACCAAGACUUACGGAAGGAACUUCACAUUCUGGUUCGGCCCUCUGCCUUUCUUGGUCUUGUCGGAGCCGGAGCUGGUGAAGGAAGCGGCGGCGGAUCGGGAGAAAGCUUUCCGGAAAGUGGAGCCCCAAGGUGUCGUGAAGAGGAUGCUUGGAGAUGGGCUCGUGACAUCUGAUGGUGAGAAGUGGGUCAAGAUGAGGAAGUUGGCCAACCAUGCUUUCUUUGGCGAGAGCUUAAAGAACAUGACUCCGGCCAUGAUUGCUAGCACGGAAAUGAUGCUUGAGAGGUGGAAGAAUCGCGUCGGCGAAGAGGUCGAGGUGUAUGAAGAAUUCAGGUUCUUGACUGCCGAAGUCAUUUCCAGGACUGCUUUUGGGAGUAAUUUCGCUGAAGGGAAGCGCAUUUUUGACUUGUUAACUCAGAUGGGCGAGCUGGCUGUAGCCAGUGCCUUCAAAGUCAGGCUUCCUGGAAUCAGGUAUUUAUUCACCAUGAUCUACAAAAGCAGAGAUGAUACUGAAGCGGACAAGCUAGAACAUGGCGUACGAGCCGCGAUAUUGAGAAUGAUGAGGAAGAGAGAAGAGAUGGUGGCGAGUGGAGAAGCAGAAAACUUUGGAAGCGAUUUCUUUGGUUUACUCCUGACUGCUUAUCAUGAAAGCGACGAAUCGAAGAGGAUUUCGGAGGAUGAUCUCAUAGAUGAGUGCAAGACAGUGUAUCUUGCUGGACAAGAAACAACCAAUACUCUGCUGUCCUGGAUUAUGUUGCUUCUGUCGAUCCACACAGAUUGGCAGGAGAAAGCGAGAAAGGAAGUUCAGACCCAUUUCGGCGACAGAGCUCCUGAUGCUGAUGGGAUUUCAAAGCUCAAAACUUUGAGCAUGAUAAUCAACGAGACAUUGAGAUUAUACCCUCCUGCAGUUGGGAUGGCUCGAAAGGUUGUGAAGGAAGUUCAAAUCGGGAAGCACGUACUCCCGAAGAACACGUACUUCACCAUCGACACUCUAGCUCUCCAUCAAGAUCCUGAAAUUUGGGGGGAAGAUGCCCUGCAGUUCAAUCCAGAGAGAUUCUCCGACGGAGUUGCCAAAGCGACGAAGAACAAUGCAUCUGCAUUCGUCCCCUUCGGUAUAGGACAGCGAGUUUGUGCAGGAGCCAACUUCGCAGCAAACGAAUCGAAGAUUGCACUUGCCAUGAUCCUUCAACGCUAUGCGUUUACGCUCUCACCUGCUUAUGUGCACUCUCCACUUCAGAUCCCCCUCCUGCUGCAGCGGCGGCUGAACUCACUAGGAGCCAGAGGCCCUUCCUACAAGUUCUUCUUCGGGAACACUCUGGAGAUGAAGAAGCUCAGACAGGCAUCCAUGGCGAAACCCAUGUCAGGCCUCUCUCACGACAUCUACCCGAGGUUGCAGCCUCACCUCUCGGCUUGGACCAAGACUUACGGCCGGAACUUCACCUUCUGGUUCGGCCCUCGGCCUUUCUUGGUCUUGUCGGAGCCGGAUCUGGUGAAGGAAGUAGCGGCCGAUCGGGAGAAAGCUUAUAGGAAAGUGGAACCCAGAGGUGUUAUGAAGCGAAUGCUUGGAGAUGGGCUCUUGACGUCCGAUGGUGAGAAGUGGGUCAAGUUGAGGAAGUUGGCCAACCAUGCUUUCUUUGGCGAGAGCUUAAAGAACAUGACUCCGGCCAUGAUCGCUAGCACAGAAAUGAUGCUUGAGAGGUGGAAGGAUCAUGUGGGGAAAGAGAUUGAGGUGUAUGAAGAAUUCAGGUUCUUGACAGCCGAAGUCAUUUCCAGGACUGCUUUUGGGAGUAAUUUCGUUGAAGGGAAGCGCAUUUUUGACUUGUUAAAUAAGAUGGUCAAGUUGGCUGCAGCCAAUGCCUUCAAAGUUAGGCUUCCUGGAAUCAGACUUGAUUGCAGCAAGAUCUACAAAAGUGGAGAUGAUAUUGAAGCGGACAAGCUAGAACAAGGAGUACGAGCUUUGAUAUUGGGAAUGUUGAGAAAGAGAGAAGAGAUGGUGACAAAUGGUGAAGCAGAAAACUUUGGGAGCGAUUUCUGUGGGUUGCUUCUGAGUGCUUAUCAUGAAACCGAUGAAUCCAAGCGGAUUUCGGAGGAUGAUCUCAUAGAUGAGUGCAAGACAGUGUAUCUUGCUGGACAAGAAACAACCAAUACUCUGCUGUCCUGGGUUAUGUUGCUGCUAUCCAUCCAUACAGAUUGGCAGGAGAAAGCAAGAUCUGAAGUUCAGACCCAUUUGGGCGACCGAGCACCUGAUGCAGAUGGGAUUUCAAAGCUCAAGACUGUGAGCAUGAUAAUCAACGAGACCCUGCGAUUAUAUCCUCCUGCAAUUGGGAUGGCUCGGAGAGUGGUGAAGGAAGUCCAGCUCGGGAAGCACACACUGCCAAAGAACACAUACUUCACCAUCGACACUCUAACUCUCCAUCAAGAUCCUGAAAUUUGGGGGGAAGACGCGCUGCAGUUCAAUCCAGAGAGGUUCUCCGAAGGAGUUGCCAAAGCAACAAAGAACAAUGCAUCUGCAUUCGUCCCCUUCGGUAUAGGACAACGAGUUUGUGCAGGAGCCAACUUCGCAGCACACGAAGCAAAGAUUGCACUUGCCAUGAUCCUUCAGCGUUAUGCGUUCACGCUCUCCCCUACUUAUGUGCACUCUCCACUUCAAAUCAUAACAAUCCGGCCGGAGCACGGUGUUCAGGUCAUCCUCCAUGCUCUGUAGUAGCGAUGUAUUUACUAUGGUAUCGUUGACGGUGGGAUAUGCUAUAGAUUAUAGAAUGUAUAUGUGAGUGGAAUAAGCCAAUAGGGGUGUGGGUGUGAAAAGUAUGGCGUCAUGUAAAGCAUGUUUGAGAGAUUGAGGUGUAUGAAGAAUUCAAGUUCUUAACUUCCGAAGUCAUAUCGAGAACUGCUUUUGGAAGUAAUUUCGUUGAAGGAAAGCGCAUUUUUAACUUGUUAAGUAAGAUGGUCGAGCUUGCUGCAGCCAAUUUCUUCAAAGUUAGGAUUCCUGGAAUCAGCAAGAUCUACAAAAGCAGAGAUGAUACUGAAGCGGAAAAGCUAGAACAAGGCAUACGAGCUGUCAUACAGGGAAUGCUGAGAAAGAGAGAAGAGAUGGUGGCGAAUGGUGAAGCAGAAGACUUUGGGAGCGACUUCUGUGGGUUACUUUUGAGUUCUUAUCACGAAACCGAUGAAUCCAAGCGGAUUUCGGAGGAUGAUCUCAUAGAUGAGUGCAAGACAGUGUAUCUUGCUGGACAAGAAACAACCAAUACUCUGCUCUCCUGGGUUAUGUUGCUUCUUUCUAUCCAUACAGAUUGGCAGGAGAAAGCAAGAUCGGAAGUUCAGACCCAUUUGGGCGACCGAGCACAUGAUGCAGAUGGGAUUUCAAAGCUCAAGACUGUGAGCAUGAUAAUCAACGAGACCCUGCGAUUAUAUCCUCCUGCAAUUGGGAUGGCUCGGAGAGUGGUGAAGGAAGUCCAGCUCGGGAAGCACACACUGCCAAAGAACACAUACUUCACCAUCGACACUCUAACUCUCCAUCAAGAUCCUGAAAUUUGGGGGGAAGACGCGCUGCAGUUCAAUCCAGAGAGGUUCUCCGAAGGAGUUGCCAAAGCGACGAAGAACAAUGCAUCUGCAUUCGUCCCCUUCGGUAUAGGACAGCGAGUUUGUGCUGGAUCCAACUUCGCAGCACACGAAGCGAAGAUUGCACUUGCCAUGAUCCUUCAGCGUUAUGCGUUCACGCUCUCACCUGCUUAUGUGCACUCUCCACUUCAAAUCAUAACAAUCCGGCCGGAGCACGGUGUUCAGGUCAUCCUCCAUGCUCUGUAGUAGCGAUGUAUUUACUAUGGUAUAGAAUGUAUUAUGUGAGUGGAAUAAGCCAAUAGGAGUGUGGGUGUGAAAAGUAUGGGUUUAUGUAAAGCAUGUUUGAGGUGAAUCUGUGUUUCUGCAUAUUGAGUGAGAUUUUGGAGGUGCUUGGAAGAUUUGUUGAUCGAAGAUAUAUGUUUGACAA